CUGCCGACUGGGCCCUCGGCUCGUUGUGACAUCCUGACAUGUUCCCCUCCCAGUGCACCAACAACAGCUUCUCAAUGGCGCCCAGCGUCAGGACGGCCGGAAACAUCACACCGUUUCCGGUGGAAUGGUAGAGGGUUAUAGGGGUUUGUUCCCUUUGUCGAUGGACCUCAAGACUGCUAGAAGGUAAACGAGUUUGUGAGGCGAGUGCUGAGUGAGGGGUGAUGAUUGGACGUGACAAGUGCGUAAGCAAAUAGAACAAGGGAAGCGAAAUACUCCGUCGCAUCUACCCCAUGGAGAAGCAGUAGCUCAUGGAGAAGAAGUAAUAUAUCUGUCCAUCCCAGAAGAAACCCCCGCUCCUCACAACUCCAUAACAGCAUCGCGAAACCACUCCUAUCCAAACCAUCUCCAAAAACAACCCCACAAUCCCAAACCAUGGACCCAUCCCCACCAUCCCCAUCCUCACCCCCCCGCUCCCCCCGCCUCGCCCGCACAAUCGGCGCCCUCCUCGGCGUCCACGCCGGCGACGCCCUAGGCGCGACCCUCGAGUUCCGCUCCUGGGCCUCCAUCCGGCGCGACUACCCACAGGGCCUGCGCAACAUCGUCGGCGGCGGGCCCUUCCACUGGGCCCCCGGCCACGCGACCGACGACACGGACCUGACGCGCGCCGUCCUGCUCGCCUACCGGGACGCCCACUCGCACGCCCGCUCCGACCAGGCCGACGACGACGACGACAACUUCGACGUCAGCCGCGCCGCCGGCGCGCACAUGCUGGCCUGGCUCGACGGGUUCUGGCCGAACCGACGUCCGGGCUCUCGGCCGCCCGACGUCGGCGGCGCGACGGCGACGGGGCUAGCUGCGUUUCGGCAGACGGGGGAUCCGGGGCGGGCGGGGGCCGGGCCGGGGCAGGCGGGCAACGGGUCGCUGAUGCGGUGCGUUGCGACGGGCUUGUUCGCGCGCGACUGGGACGCGCUGGUGGCCGAGUCGAUGCGCGUCUCGGCCGUCACGCACGACGACCUGCGGUGCACCGUGGCCUGCGCGGCGUACAACGCCGUGGUUCGCGAGCUGGUCGAGGGGAAGGAGCCCGCGGCUGCGGUGGAGACUGGGCUGGGGGUGGCGGGGGCGUUGGAGGAGGGGGCGGGGACGGGCGGGUCGCCUGUGCGGGACGCGAUUGAGCUUGGGAGGCGCCUGGGUGUCGCUGUUAUGGCGGAGAAUGGGCCGGCGGCGUUGCCUGGGAAGGGGGCGGGGUACGUGCUGGAGUCGCUGACGAUCGCCGUGGCGGCGGUGCUGGACCCGAGGCCGCUUGUGGAUGUGCUGGUGGAUGUUGUCCGGAUAGGCAGCGACACGGAUACCAACGGAGCCAUUGCGGGUGGCCUGCUCGGGGCGAGAGACGGGGUUGAUGCGUUGCCGGAGGAAUGGGUCGAGGUGCUGCAAUUUGCCGACGAGUUUGUCGAGAUAGCCACUGAACUGACGGCGGGCGGUGACUGAUGUACCACUCGCAAUUUGUGUAUAUAUGCAUGUCAUGGAUUAUAAACAUGGACGGGUAUUGUUUAACUCUAAGUGCACGUAAAGGAUAAGAGAACGGCCAGGAAUCAG